GUGCAGGUUCUGGAGCGGAAUGGCAAAGAUCAGAGGCUCUGGCACAAUCAAGUCUGUACCCAAGAACCAGCUUCCCCUCUUGGGCAUGGAUUAUGUUUGGGUAAGAAGGAAGGCUGUCCAGAUUGAUGAAGCAAUACCCCUGGGAAAAGACGAUUAACAUGUAUAAAGGGAUUUCCCUGCAGUAUAAAUACCAGCACGCGCCCUCCCGGUGCUCAGAGCCUCCCUGAUGUAUAUAUGCAGGUAGUGAGAUUUGAAACGGCCCUUUGAGAUGGUGAUAUAAUAAAACUCUGACUUGAGGAGCAGCACUUCUCCUCAUUUUUCUGCUCUUUUGUGGGAAUGAGUUGCCAACCUUUUACUUCGGCUGAUACCUUUAUACCUCUGAAUUCUGAGUCUUCUGCAACUCUGCCUCUGAUAAUGCAUCACAGCGCUGCCGAGUGCCUACCUGUCUCCAACCACGCCACCAACGUGAUGUCCACAGUCCCGUCUAUUUUGUCUUUGAUCCAAACUCCUAAAUGUUUGUGCACAUAUUUCUUGGUGACAACAUUGGGAACCACAGCAACAGGACUUCAUUAUUCUGUUCCUUCCUGUCAUUAUGGAAACCAGUCAUCGACCUAUGGAGUGAUGGCAGGGAGCUUAGCCCCUUGUCUUUAUAAGUUUCCCGACCACACCUUGAGUCAUGGCUUUCCUCCCAUGCACCAGCCUCUCCUGGCAGAGGACCUCACAGCCGCUGAUUUCAAGCAGGAGCUCAGGCGGAAAAGCAAGUUGGCUGAAGAGCCAAUAGACAUGGAUUCUCCAGAAAUCCGAGAACUUGAAAAGUUUGCCAAUGAAUUUAAAGUGAGAAGAAUUAAACUAGGAUACACCCAAACAAAUGUUGGGGAAGCCCUGGCAGCUGUGCAUGGCUCUGAAUUCAGUCAAACAACUAUCUGCCGAUUUGAAAACUUGCAGCUCAGCUUCAAAAAUGCAUGCAAACUGAAAGCAAUAUUAUCCAAAUGGCUGGAGGAAGCCGAGCAAGUAGGAGCUUUAUACAAUGAGAAAGUGGGUGCAAAUGAAAGAAAAAGGAAACGGAGAACAACUAUCAGUAUUGCUGCUAAAGACGCUCUGGAGAGACACUUUGGAGAACAGAAUAAACCUUCCUCUCAAGAGAUCUUGCGGAUGGCUGAAGAACUGAACUUGGAGAAAGAAGUAGUGAGGGUUUGGUUUUGCAACCGAAGGCAGAGAGAAAAACGGGUGAAAACAAGUCUGAAUCAGAGUUUAUUUACUAUUUCUAAGGAGCAUCUUGAAUGCAGAUAAGAUUUCCUGUUGUGUAAUAGCCAGUUUUUCUAUUUUUCAUUCCUUUCUCU